AUGGGUUGCUGUGCAAGCCGAAACGCGGAUUCUAAAGCUGCCAGGGUUGCCCGCUGGCGAUCUACCGGAAUUACUUUUCCUGAUGAUGUUCUUGAUCUAGACAAAGCCGUGCGCACCCUUGAUUUAACACACAAUAAAUUGGUUGACAUUCCUAUGGAGAUUAGCAAAUUAAUAAACCUGCAACGCCUGGUUUUAGCUGAUAAUCUUAUUGAGCGAUUGCCAAUGAAUUUGGGGAAACUGCAGUCUCUAAAAGUUAUGACGCUUGAUGGCAAUCGAAUUGCUUCCUUACCUGAUGAAUUGGGCCAGCUGGUGAGGCUUGAGAGGCUGUCCAUUUCAGGAAACUUUUUAACAUGCUUGCCUGAGACGAUUGGGAGCUUGCGCAAUGUAAGUGACUCUAUUUGGUUGUCGAAAUUGAAUUUAGCUAUGGAAUGUUUUGAGAUUGCAUUACAUUUACUAAAUAAUCUUAUUGAAGAUCUUCCUGCAUCUGUUUGCAAUCUAAUUCACUUGAAGUCACUUUCCUUGAACAAUAAUAGUGUGGGCCAGCCUCUGCCAGUCAUUUUGACCAACUUCCUGAAUGCUUUCCACUUUGGUAUAAUAGGGGUCAUUUUGGGUGUACUGAUUCUAUUUUACAAUGUCUUUUCAGUAAUAGAAAUGCCAACUAGUAUUGAUGGUGUUGCUAACUGGGUAUCAAUUCAUAAUUCUGGAUAG